CAAGCAGUUUAUAUUGAUUCACAGUGCUCAAGUGGUAAAACUAGUUUUUUUUUUUCGUUCAGUCGCUCUACUGGGACGCCAUCUCUCAAGUCAGAAGAGUCACAGGGUGCGUAUCUGAAAAUAUGGAAGCUGAGAUCCGCUGGUGAUGUAUGGUGUUUGGAUGAUUUGAUUCUCUCAGACUCACGAUGUGAAAAUGGCAUGCGGCGACAGCGAGGUGAAAACUUUAUUAAAUUUUGUGAACCUGGCAUCGAGUGAUAUCAAGGCGGCACUGGACAAGUCGGCCCCGUGUAGGCGAUCGGUGGACCACAGGAAAUAUUUGCAGAAACAACUGAAACGCUUUUCUCAGAAGUACUCCAGGAUCCCCAGAUGUCACACGUUCAGGUCAGCGGAAUCUAAUAUUGCCAAGGCUCUGCAGGACAAGUCCGGUGUGUACGCCUUAGAGGCUGCAAAUCGGAACAUCAAUGUGGGACACUUGAGUGAAAAGUUCGUGUCGGAUCUGGGACGUGAAGAGCCAAUCAACCCAGAACAAAAUUUAAAAAACGAAAGGGACCACGUUAGACAAGAUCAGGUGCCUAUGAGGAAACGGCAACUACCUGCGUCCUUCUGGGAAGAACCGAGAUCGGCCCAUAGCUUGGAGAAGCAAGAGCCCUUCCAGUCCGCCUGGAAGAAAAAACAGGUUAUCAGCGACGGUGGACUCUCGGCCCACAGAUCCGAGGAUCAGAACAGAAGGAAGCGGUCCGAGGUACCAAAGGCACAUUCAGCACUUGCUACCCAACAGAGCGUAGCUGAGAAGGAGCCAGUGACUUUGGAGAUGGCUUCCUUAACCAGCAGGAUGAACCUGUGUGGCUGCUGUCCAUUUCAGUACCACGGACAACACGUUUACCAAAGCCAUAUAAUCUUGCCACAGUCAAGGUUUUCUGACGUUGGACUUUGGGGGAAAGCUUCGACCUCGCCGACAGAGGCACACAGCAUCUCAAAAGACCCAUUAAUUGGACAAAAGAGCCACGCACAUGUCGUUUUGAAGCCAAUCCCAACAAAACCGAGUGUCCCUUCGCCAAUUUUCAGUGUUUUUGGAUUUGUUUAAAUUAAAAAGAGGAGCACAUACUGUGGACUCAGAAACGCAUGUUGUAAAUUAUCAUUUGAGUAAAGCGUCUUGUGAAUAAUAUGUAGCAUCACGUAGUAUUAUAAUUGUUUUUUUUUUUUUUCAUAAAAAGCACAAGUAAAAAUUAUUGAAAACACUAAUUCUAAAAAGGCUUAAAUGCAACGAAUGGUUUCAAGUAUAAGCACUUUUAACAUUUAUACAUGUUAAGGAAAGAGGCAACAAAUAAGCCCAAAGUGUAUUCACUGGCUGUGCAUUUACGGGUGAGAAGCAUGUGAACUUUUUAUUUUUUUUAAUGAAUUUUACCCGUGCUAUAAAUUGGACAGCAGGGGGCAUAUAGACACUUAAAAUUCAGCUAUGUUAGGUAAUACCACAUCACAGACGUGUAAUUAUGUGUGACUCUAUUCUUAUGUUGGUACUGACAAAUACAUCCCUUGUAGAAUUUUAAAUAUUUGCAUACAUCAUUGAAGUAAUAGGACAUUUGAAUUAAACAAAUUCAUCCUCAAUGGAGGGAUUGCUAGAAGAAAACAUAAUUGAGUGUCUAUAAAAACAAUACUGCAUUCACGCAUGAAAGAUGUUACCAAGCAGCAAAAUGUGCCUCUAAAAUAUGUUAUGCUGUGCAGGUUAUGUUGCUAUGGAAAAUGUACUUACACUUUAGAACAAUGAUUACAGAUUCUUAUAAAAUUCCAGUGUAAGAGCUGUUAUUCCUAUGAUUUUUUUUUUCUUCUGUUAUAGAUAUAACUCUUGGAGAAAUGCUUAAUAACUACAAAACAUAAAAAAUCAACUGUUACUAUGAAACUCAGUAGUAAACCAUGUGCAUUUCCAGCCGUUGUUUUAAAGUGAUAAUCACAGUAUAUCAACUAAUUUGAAAGUAUUAGCAAGAAACAAGUGGAAUUAGAGGUGAUAUCAUGACAAAUAAUUGCUUAUAAUAUAACGCUUGAGAUCCAUAUGAGAAUACCUGGUUUUGAGCUGUAGAUAACGAAACAACAAUCACUGAGUUGAGACAGUUACCGCGCUGUUUUAGUUCAAAAUUUAACACAUGUUUUCUUCAGUAAUAAAAACAUAUAGGACAUCUUUAAAAGAAACCUGCCUUCCAAAGAAAUUACAGUUACCACAGUGUGGCCACUAGGGGGAAGUCUGCUUGCAUGUCCAGCUACAAAUUAAAGGGAAUGUGGUACAAAAACACCCAAGCAGAAAAAAUCUCACUUCAGAAAAUCAACCUUGAGCCUUGUGUCUUUUUAAAAGCAAUUUUUUUCUGGAAUAGUUUGUAUGCACGGCAAAUAAGGACCUAAGCAGAAACAAAAAGAGAAUAAUACUGAACAUACAUUGUUGAAUUAUAAACAGUAAAGGAUUUAAAGAGAUAUUCUCUUGUUAUUUGUACAUGUUUAAUGUUUAUCUUGGAGGCACAUCAGAAUAACAUUCUCAAAUGAGACAUGGAGCUCACCCUGGGUCAUGCGUAAUCCCUUCCCAUGCUAACAGACUGUUUAUGUCAUUUAUAAAUAUUUACUGUGUACACAGUGUAUAUCCGCUAAAAAGCAGUAUCUUGUUUCAAGCUCACCCUCUUCACAUUUCAAAGAGGAAGGAGAAAUUAGAAUAUUAACUCGCCAGGAGUUUGUUUGUUUUCCCACUAUUGUAACUUAUACCAGACACAGAGGGUCAAACCUUUGCACUUUCCUGAAAGUGUGCCAUGGGAUCUGUAGUAUUAGUUGAGUUCUGGGUCAGAGGGGAGACUUCUGCUCUGUCUGUGCUGCAAUGAUUUCACUAGACUUGAGAAGCUGCUCUAUGGUUGUAGUUGUCUGCCAUAGAUAUAUGUAACAUAGGCUAGCUAGAUCACCCAAAGUGUCUUAAUAGAAUCCAUCUAGGAACCUGUUACUUUGGGACAAGUUUCCUUUUGGUUUUGAUGAAGUAUACUGCUGCACAGAAGGCGAGCAAUUGCAAGAACUACUCAUAUGAAGGUACAGUAAGAAAACAUCAUUUGAAGCUACUUACUCUUUCAUUGACAGCUCUCUGUUUUUUUUUUUACCAGUAUGAGGUUUGACGCUGCUGGACUGACCAAUGUAUUUAUUUAUUUAAUUCAUUUUUAGUGUCUGGCCAGUAGGGUUCACUGUGCUGUUCCUUUAUUCAUUCAUUCUUCUUCCAUUCACUGUUUAACAGACUUGAAAAAACAAAACAAAUUAAAAGUGACAUCUGUAAGACUUUCUUUCUGUAAUAAAACACUGUACAC